GAGAGGAUGUUUGUGCGAGGGCCUUUCUUUUCACUCCACAGCCUUGGCUAGCGCCAUCCGCCUUGCUCCCCGGUGGCAGGCAGGCAGGCAUGGACGACGGCGCCAGUAGAGGCGGCAGCGCAUCAUGCCGCAGCAGCAUGUGCAACGUGGGGUGGGCGGUGCGCGCGCUGCACGCGAUGAGCUCGCGAGACCUCAUGAACGCAGCGCAAGACGCGCUGAGAGACGAGCCACGUCAGACGGAUAGCUCGCCACGUCAGCGGAGAAUGCCAGUGGACUUGCUGCCUAUCCGCUUGUCGAACCGCCGCGGCGGAGUCACGCAUGUGGAUCUGCCACUCCUCGCAGCAUCGCUGCCCCUCCACCUCCUCACCUGCGCUGCCCUCGUGCUGCACCGCGCCCACAAUCCCUCUCAUGCGCCCCCCAUUUUUCCUCCUCCUGCCUCUAUCCCGCCGUCUCCUCCUCCCUCCUAUCCUCCCUCACUCACGCCCGCUGUUCCUUCCGCCAGCGCACAUUCUCAACCUCUCACCAUCGCUACUGGCGAGUGUGCGAGGCACGAGGGGGCGGAAGGGGGAGGUGAGGAGGGGAUGGCGAUGAGAGGGAGGGGCGGAGGCGGGAUGGGGAGUUGCGUUGAAAGAGCAGAGCAGACCAAGAGACAGGGUGCGGAGCAGAAUGGGAAGCACGAUGGGAAGCAUGAUGGGAAGCACGAUGGGAAGCACGAUGGGAAGCACGAUGGGGAACGGGGAGGGGAGCGGGGAGGGGAGCAGGUAUUGGGGGAGGUGAUAGAGCGGCGGACAGGAAAGGUUGAUGGGCUUGCUGUAGCGCCAAAGGGGGGUGCAUCCCCUAAGGGGGACGUUGCAGCCCCUAAGGGGGACGUUGCAGCCUCUAAGGGGGGCGUUGCAGCGCCUAAGGGGGGCGUUACAGCGCCUAAGGGGGGCGUUACAGCCCCUAAAAGGGGCUUUGUAGCGUUUGUGCCUGGGAGCAGGGCUGGCAGUGGGGAGAAGGAUGCGCAGGGAGGGAGUUGGGGAGAGGGUGGGGGAGCAGGGAUUGGAGAUGGGGGAAAGGACGGAGGCGUGGAGGGCGGAGAGCGAGUGAGGGAGGGAGAAGAGAAGCAGGGCUGGGGGCGGGAAGAUGUGGCGCAGGGAAGAGGGGACACUCGCGUGGAGGCGAGCACGCAUGGGGAUCGGGGAAUGAGAGCGGCGGUACAAGUGGCGGUUGGGUCGGAGAGCAAGCAAGGGCGAGCAGACGAGGGUGCGAGAGGGAGGAAGGAGGAUCCAUGCGGCUGGAGAGAGGGUGGGGAUGAAGAGGAGGAACAGCAAGUGAAGCAAGAUUCAGAUGGUACCCCUCUUGCUGCUGCUCCUGCUGCUCCUGCUGCUGCUGCUCCUGCUGCUCCUGCUGCUGCUGCUGCUGCUGCUGCUGCUGCCAACAAUGUAACUGCAGUUGCUGCUGGUGCAAAGGAUGUAACAGCUGUUCCUGCUGCUGCUGCUGCCAAAGGCGUGACCGCAGUUGCUGUUGUUGGUAAAGAUGUAACUACAGCCGGUGGUACUGCCACAGAUGUAACCGCAGUUGCUGCUGCAGCUGCCACAGAUGGAAUGCUUGCUGCUGCCGCUAAAGGUGUAGCUGUUGCUGCUGCCAUUGAUGCGGCGAAGGAUGUGACGUCAACUGCAGCUGCCAAAGAAGUUACACCACCUUCUGCUACAAUCAUUGCAACAGAAGUUGCUGCUGCCAAAGGUGUAACAGCUUCUGUCAAAGAUGUAACAGCUGCUGCCCAACGAGCUGUGGCUGCCCAAGAUGUAACAGGUGGUGCGACGGCCAAUGACGCAACUGCAGGUGCUGCUGUCAAAGUUGCUGCUCAAGAUGUAACAGCUGCUGCCACAGAUGUAACAGCUGCUGCCACAGAUGUAACAGCUGCUUCCACAGAUGUAACAGCUGCUGCCACAGAUGUAACAGCUGCUUCCACAGAUAUAACAGCUGCUGCCACAGAUGUAACAGGUGCUGCCACAGAUGUAACAGCUGCUGCCACAGAUGUAACAGGUGCUGCCACAGAUGUAACAGGUGCUGCCACAGAUGUAACAGGUGCUGCCACAGAUGUAACAGGUGCUGCCACAGAUGUAACAGCUGCUGCCACAGAUGUAACAGGUGCUGCCACAGAUGUAACAGGUGCUGCCACAGAUGUAACAGGUGCUGCCACAGAUGUAACAGGUGCUGCCACAGAUGUAACAGGUGCUGCCACAGAUGUAACAGGUGCUGCCACAGAUGUAACAACUGCUGCCACAGAUGUAACAGGUGCUGCCACAGAUGUAACAGGUGCUGCCACAGACGUAACAGGUGCUGCCACAGAUGUAACAGCUGCUGCCACAGAUGUAACAGGUGCUGCCACAGAUGUAACAGCUGCUGCCACAGGUGUAACAGCUGCUGCCACAGAUGUAACAGCUGCUUCCACAGAUGUAACAGCUGCUGCCACAGAUGUAACAGCUGCUGCCACAGAUGUAACAGCUGCUGCCACAGAUGUAACAGCUGCUUCCACAUAUGUAACAGGUGCUGCCACAGAUGUAGGUAAGGGUGCUACCGGAGCCGCACCGGCCGCAUCUCCUGCUGAAGGGACUGCUGGUCGUGCUGCAACAGACGCCACCACUCACACCACCCCGCACACUACCCCUCCCAAGACAGCAGCACCUCCUGCUGCCAUUGCUGCAGCCGCCACUGCUAAAGCCGCCACUGCUGCAGCCCCCACUGCUACAGCCCCCACUGCUACAGCCCCCACUGCUACAGCCCCCACUGCUACAGCCCCCAUUGCUGCCUCUCCAUCACUUCCUCCCCAAAGCCCGCUUGCCUCCCCUGCUCUCGCCCCUCAGACCGGCCCCUCCCUCCCUCCCACACACCCGUCCCAUCCACCCACACCCCCUGCCCUGCCAUCCACCUCUGCCAUACCCCCUCCCCCCUCUCCCCAGCCUGUUCCCUCCUCCCAGCCUGCCCCCUCCUUACAGCCUCCCCCCUCCGCCCAUCCUCCUCCGUCCUCCCAGCCUGCCUUCUGUCUCAGCGCCCCUGUGGCGGUGACCAUUCGGCACGGGCUGCGGGCCGCCAGAGUGGCGUGGUGCCGGCAGCACGACUCGCCAGCGCAUGCUGGCAUGGCGGCACACGCUGGUGGCGCUGGUGAGGCACCUCGAGGGGGCGCUGGGGGGAAUGCUGGAGGCGGUGGCGCAGAGAAGGGGGCGAGAGGCAGUGGGGGCGGCAUGGCGAGUAGAGAGGGUGACACGCGCAUGAGCGGGGCCAUGAGAGCGGGUGAGAAGGCCGGGGAGGGGCCAGAGGAAGAGGCGCACGCGGAGAGCAAGGUGCAGACGAGUGAAGGCGGCCCGGUGGAAGGUGGAGGUGGUGAGCGCAGCAAUGGUGUGAGUGUAGAGAAUGGUGUUGUCCACUUGAACCCCUGCAGCACUGCCACGGUGGGCUGGCUGCUGGGCAGGUUAGAUGGUGAGAGGCGUGAUGCGUGGCUGGAAGAGAGGGAGGAACGAUCAAGGGGAGGGGAGAAGAGAAGGUGGGGCGAGGAGGGGCAGGAGGGGGAGGGGGAGAAGUGCAGAAAGAGGAGCAAGUCUGGUGAGGCGUGUAAGGGUCUGGCGGGAGAGAGAGGGGAGCAGCAGGGGUUGGCGGGAAAGGAAGAGGAGUGCGGGGCGAUGGGGGAGGAGCAGCAGGGGCUGGCGCACAUGGCCAAGGGGCUGCGCCUUUUGCACUCGCUGUGCGACCUGGCCAAUCACAUGCCUCGCCUGCACCAGCGCCAAUCUGCAAGAGCAGCCAUGUGAUUGGAUUCCGAAUUAUCUGCGUGCCAGCU